GCGGGAGUGCGAUCACCCGCCUCUAGCAGUAUGGCUGCCGUGAGUAGAGGAGAGAGCCCACUUGGAGACAGGUAUGUCCUGGGACAGGUUCCUUGCAAGGCCUGGCAAGGUUCAUUUUAUGAAAUAUAUAUUGAGCCAGCAACAUCCCUGGACCUUUAAGGAAAUGUAACAGAUACGGUAGAUGCUUCCAGAAACCUAUGGAGAAAAAGGAAUUUGAGACAUGGCUUGAAACCCUCUCGGCUGCGUUUUAUACCCUCACUGACCUGCAGAAGAAUGAAACUCUGGAUCACUUGAUCAGCCAGAGCGGUGCUGUUCAGCUAAGGCACCUCUCCAAUAACUUAGAAACUCUACUGAAAAGGGAUUUCCUCAAACUUCUUCCACUGGAACUUAGCUUCUACUUGCUGAAAUGGCUUGACCCAGAGACCUUACUCACGUGCUGCCUUGUCUCGAAGCAGUGGAACAAGGUUAUAAGUGCCUGUACGGAGGUGUGGCAGACGGCCUGCCGGAACCUCGGCUGGCAGAUUGAUGAUGGCGUGCAUGAGACCGUGCACUGGAAGAAAGUUUACCUGAAGGCGGUUUUAAGGAUGAAACAGCUCGAGGAUCAUGAAGCCUUCCAAACAGCGUCGCUUAUUGGACAUAGUGCCAGAGUUUAUGCACUUUAUUAUAAAGACGGACUGCUUUGUACAGGUUCCGAUGACUUGUCUGCAAAGCUGUGGGAUGUGAGCACUGGUCAAUGCAUAUACGGUAUCCAAACGCACACCUGUGCUGCAGUGAAGUUCGAUGAGCAGAAACUUGUAACAGGGUCCUUUGAUAACACAGUUGCCUGCUGGGACUGGAUUUCAGGGGCUAGAACUCAGCACUUCCGAGGACAUACUGGCGCAGUGUUUAGUGUGGAUUAUAACGAUGAGCUAGAUCUGUUAGUCAGUGGGUCUGCGGAUAACACUGUGAAAAUAUGGGCCUUAUCUUCUGGAUCAUGUUUGAAUACGCUCAAUGGCCACACGGAAUGGGUCACUAAGGUAGUUUUGCAGAAAUGUGAAGUGAAAUCUAUCAUGCACAGUCCCGGAGAUUAUAUACUUCUCAGUGCUGACAAAUAUGAAAUCAAGAUUUGGCCGAUUGGGCGAGAAAUUAACUGCAAAUGCCUGAAGACUCUAUACGUCUCGGAUAAUCGCAGCAUUUGCUUACAACCACGGCUGCAUUUUGAUGGCAAAUACAUUGUGUGCAGUUCAGCUAUAGGCCUAUACCAGUGGGACUUUGCUAGCUAUGAUAUCCUAAGAGUUAUAAAAAUGCCGGAUUCUGCAAAUCUUUCCUUACUUGGCUUUGGCAAUAUCUUUGCUCUUCUCUUCGACAACCACUACCUGUACAUCAUGGAUUUAAGGACAGAGAAACUGAUCAGCCGAUGGCCUCUGCCAGAAUAUCGGAAAUCCAAAAGGGGCUCGAGUUUUUUGGCUGGAGAAAUAUCUUGGUUAAACGGGCUGGACGGUGAAAAUGAUAUUGGUUUGGUCUUUGCCACAAGUAUGCCAGAUCACAGUAUCCAUUUGGUAUUGUGGAAGGAGAAUGGUUGACUGCCACGAACAAUGGCAACUACUGAUUUUUAACAGAAAAUUCAGACUGGUGUAAUAGCAACGACUUUCUGAGCCUACCUUGCAUGAACCAAAGUUUCACAUCCAGUAUCCCAUCAUGCAGUGCACAAUCUUUUACCUUUUGGUUUCGGGUGGAACAAGGGAGUGUUUAUGGAACACAAAAAGCAGUCUGCAUGCUUACCGAAUUUCACUGGAAACUCACAUUUUGAAACUUUGCUGUUCUUAUUUGCAUCCCAGACACAAGCAAACUGCUACAUUUUAAGAAUAUACAUAUAAUAUAUUCAACACAUUUUACUGUAACCUCUAAAUUCAGAACAGCAGUCAUUUCCAUCUUACAGUCCAUUUGUACUAUAUAUUUCAACAUUCAAUAGUGUUUAUACAUGUAAUCUAUUUUAAUACAAAACAAAAUAGUCAUAUUUAACAAACUUGGUAGUUUAACUAUAAUGUACGAAUGCACCAUCGUAGACACACAAUUUCAGCAGGGGUUUAUAUCCUUGUUUCACAUCACUUCCCCUUAUUUUAAAAACAAAUAAUAAUGAUUAAAUGUAAAGAAAGGCCAAUGGAAGAAGAUUCUAGAGCAAAGCGGUCUAAACUUUUGUCACUAUAGCACUUAUGGACUAUACCCCCAACGGCAUCAUGGGAAAUAUACUCCACCAAAGUUAGCCCCAUCAUCUUUCACGUGCCAGGAGUGCACCCCCAUCUGGAACUUUAGGUUUGAGACAAGGGGUUUUCACUAAGCUACAGCCAUGAUGAAUCAUGUUUGACUGUUCUAUUGAGAAAUGCAGUGAAAGUGUGAUGUUAAAAGUACAUUUAAAGAAAAGGAAUGUUAAAAACAUCUUUUCUGUUACCCAUCACCCAAAUAAAAUUUCAGAUAUCUUGA